AGGGUCCGAUUUCACAGAAUUAGACAUCAGAUAAUUUCACUAGACUACUCACAGUAGCAUCCUCGUCAAAGCUUUAUUAAAAAGGGAAGAAAUUCGAAAAAGGUGUAGUAUUUGUAUCGACAUCACUGCGCUGUUAAGUCACAUCCGUACUUUUUGUCGAGUCAUUGGGACAGACGCAGCUCCUCUCCGGCUCCUCUCUCCAUCAUCAGCUCGGACAAAUUUCAGAGAUGUCAGGCACGGUAAAGGAUGAACCCGGAGAACCGAGUGAAGGUCAGAGGUCUCAAUCCAUCCAUGUUUCCAUGAAAAGUCUUAAAAAGAGUAAAGCGUUCACCGUGAGGGGAAACUGCACUGUCAGACAGCUGAAACGUGGUCUAUCAGCACGACUGGAGGUGCCUGCAGAACUACUUCUGCUGAUUCACUCCGGCCGGGUCCUCAGAGAGUCAGAAGUCCUGAGUCACUUGAAAGCAGCAGAUGGCUCAGUCAGCAUCAGUGUGGUACAAAGGCCACAGCAAUCGUCUGCUGCUCCGACCAGUGAUCCAGCUUCAGAAGUGGCCCAGUCAGACUUUACAGACAAUUUGGACCCUAACCCUGAUAACUUCACAUCCUCUCCCACCUCUCCCCUCUACCUGGUGGAAGCUCUAGAUGGUCUUGACCUGACAAACAGCAGGCGUGGUUUCUUCCCUGUACUUCAGCAGCAGAUGGAGAGCCAGCUGGUGGCUGACCCAGAGUUGUUAAAUCAUGUUCUGGGCAGCCACUUUAUUCAGAGCACCCUCUCCACCUCCAGCCCUCAACUAACCAGACAGAUGAUUCUAUCUAAUCCCCAAAUUCAGCAGCUUCUGGAAACAAACCCAGAGGUGGGAGAAUUGAUCAACAAUGCAGAUGUCAUCACAGAGGUGCAGGAGCUUAUCAAGAACCCUGACAUGAUAGAGACAAUCAUGCAUAAUGAAGACAGAGCAUUAAACAAUUUGCAGCCAGAGCAUGAAAACCCUAAAACCAUCACCCGUGAUUCUGAUUCUGAUCUGAAGUCUGACACAAAGAGAAUUCAAUCACAGUUUCAGGUAGAACUACCCACACAGGUGACCUCAUCUAAGAAUCAACCGCCACCUGAAAUGGAAAAGGGCCAGACUCCACCCUUCUCUAGUCACUGCACAGAUCCUCUCAGAAAUCUGACUGCUACAUGCAGAGAUGAUCCAACCCCCCAAAGCCCUAUUACUCCAGGCAUGCAGUCCCUGCUGGAGGAGAUCACAACCAGUCCAGGUCUGAUAGAGAGCCUGCUUUCUGGGCCUUAUGUCAGCAGUCUCCUCAAUUGCCUCAGCCAGAACCCUGACCUGGCGGCUCAGAUGCUGCUGAGCCAUCCUUUGUUCUCAGGAAAUCCCCUGCUGCAGCAGCAGAUCAGACAGCAGAUCCCCCUCUACUUGCAACAGAUGCAGAGUCCAGAGCUGCUAUCAGCCAUGUUGAACCCAAGAGCCAUGGAGGCUCUGCUGCAGAUCCAGCAGGCUCUACAGACUCUGGCUACAGAGGUUCCUGCACUGAUAGCCAUGGGUGAACUUGGAAACAUUCAAGCAAGUGUUGACGCUCCUCCAGCUUCAGACUCGGCCCUUAAGGACCAAUCAGGAAACUGUCCAGGGGUUGUCACGGUGACAGAGCAGCAGCAGCAGUUCGUGCAGCAGAUGCUACAGGCCCUGGCUGACACAAACGGGGUCCAUGCUGAGGAGUUCCAGUAAGAGAUGAGCAGCUGAGCUCACUGUGCUUCAGAGACAGACAGGGACACCCUCAGGAGAUCUCACCACAGCUAUACAUCUGCUCAGUGUCUGACAUGCACGCACAGUGUUGAUCUGUGCUAAUAUAUUAGAGUAUUGAAUGCUCAUGUGCAUAAUACACACAAGUACCUAAAAUUGAAUAUAGCAAUGGAAAUAAAUUAAACGACUAAAAAGUGCUUCAGUGAAAACACACAAGAGACAAGUUAUAUUUAAAUUACUGUACAUACACAGACAUUCUUGUAUCCCAUCUUUAACUUUCCAUAGUAAAAAAAAAGAAGGUCCUCCAGGCAUACACUUGGGCUGUUUUCAAAACGGCCUGCUACAUACUACCUAUGAAUGUAGUAGGCAGUAGGUACUGCCUACUACAUCCUGCGUUUGAAUUUAGUAUGUAGUAUGACUGUUCUGUUCGAUCUGUUAUGCAGUAUGCUGAGCCAGACAUCACUGGAUUUCCAGUUUCAGAAAGUGGAAGUAAACAACGGCCAAGCUGAUAGAGAAACUGCUUCUUUAGCAUCACUUAUAAUUUAAAAAGUUUAGAAGUAGUUUAUACGUAUUUUAAUAAUUUUCACAGAACCUAAAAAUGGUGUUUACCCCGUCAAAAUAGAAGAAAAAGAAAAAGCGAGGGAGACUGGUCCGAGCAUACACGUCUGCAUACUGAGACAUUUUCCUGAAUCAGUAGACAUCUGGGGAGUUUUAUCAUACUGCAAAUUUUGCUCUUGUUCACAUACCCCUAACUGCAUACUGAAUUUUCCAAAUCAGUAUGUGCUGCUAGUAUAGUAGGCGGUUUCGAAAACAGCCUUGUUCUUCAUUUAGUGAUGCAGGUCUGAACAGGUAACUAAAUCCCUUUCACAUGCUCUCCGCACUUGUAGCAAUUGCAUGAAUAUUCAGAGCAGGUCAUAUAUUAGUAAUCUCUGUGCAGCUCUAUCAUGCACAGGCCUCUUUUCAUCUGGCCACCUGGAAAGAGAACAAUCUGUUUGGUGCCAUUCUUGCUGUCCCACAGUGUUUGAGUGGUUUGUCCACCACAGCCUGUAAAGAUCAGACAUACCAAAUAAUUAAAAAGUCACCAAAGCAAGACUCAGUUUUCAAGGAUGUUUUAAAAUGUAGUGGUUAACUUAGUGCAAAGCCAAAGAGUGUUUGUGUGUUUACUUUGGGGCCACAUGCACAGGAAGUCUGAUUAGCCCGGAUAGUCUUCCCAAAUGACUCUCCCAGGAGACCUUUUCUCUCAGGCAUGAAAACAUAGAUAUGUCGAAAACAUUUAGAAAGCUGUAACACAAAGUACCCUACGAUUCCAAAGAUUUACCUCACAUAGGUGAAGAUCUUUAUUCAAACCCUUGAUGCCUAACGCUCUUCAUUGCACUAAUACCUUUGAUUUGUUGUCCUAUUGUAAAGCCUAUAAAGCAAAUGCUGAAUGAGAAACAUUCCUUUACUCAUCUAGCUGACUUUUGUAUUUGAUGUAAUCUGUUAAAACAGUACAUUUCUAUAAUUUAUGCUCUGUGUAAGUCAACAGAGCUCCCUCAAUUAUAUAUGCAUGCACUGUUUUUAUUUCAAAUGAAUAUAUGAUGAUGUCCUGCUUUGUAACAGUGCUUUUGUUCCCUUUUAUGCCUCAGUGUUAUUGUGUUGGUAGCAGUCUUUGUCUAGCAUUAAUUGAGUCUAUAAAAGGUCAUUAAACAGGUCAAAGAUAUUCAAUGUAAAGCUAUGUUAAACAUAGAGUAUCAGGGAAUUUACACAUGUUGUAUCAAGCAUCACUUGAAAGUCUGAAUAAAGAUACGAAUACAACGCAAA